AUGGCUUCAAACAGUCAAAGCCAAACCCAUUGCAAGACAAGAAGUAGUUCUAAUUCCGGCACUGAAGCAUCAGAAUCUUGCAAUAUUCAACCUGUGAAACAGCGGAGAAAGGUUGGUUUCAAUUUCGGAGAACCUGCUCUCAAAAGAAGAAUGUCCUCACCGAAAGCCACGUUCUCAAUUGGAAGAUUUGGGAAGUUAUGUCAGCAGCACACCACCAAAAAAUAUCAGCAACACACCACCAAAAAAUUUCAGCAGCAAACCACCAAGACCGCCACAAAAUGUCAGCAGUACACCGCCACAAAAUGUCAGCAGCACACUGUCACAAAGUCUUUUAAAUUGUACAACGAUAUCCAAAUUAAGUUUAUUGAAACAUGUGAUAGAGGAGCAUGGUAUCCCAAUUCUAAAGGACCACUUGAUAAUAUGGCAAACGGUGACACAUUAGUACAAUGA